GACAGAGGCGGAGGCAGGUAUAGGAAACAAUGAGGGAACCACAUCUUAAAGUCACAUUGGGGUCUGAAAGUAAGGGUGAAACAUGCUUCCUGCCGUCGCCCGUUGUCCUUCUGCACAAAUGAUGAAUAAAUGAAGACUUGAGUCCGUUUGAAUAAAGUGUAGAUUUGGACUCUUUCCAGAAUUUUCACAGGCAUUUUGCGUUACAUCCUUCUGCUUAAUGCAGCCAUGGCUCAGUGGAUGAUCCUGUCUGUAGGUCUCAUCAUGCUCAUUGAAUGCAUAGGGGCUUCGCCAGGGAAAACCCGACUCCUGCGCUUUGCGCACAACAGCAUCAACUUAACGUUUUACCGCAAUUUUAACUACACAAACAAGGAAUUCAAGGUGUCCUUGAUUAGAGGGAUCAAUAAAACAGGGAUUGUCUGUAAAGGAUCCUUCAACGAAUCCCAGAUUCCCUUUGAGUACAAUAACUGCACAGUGAUUCCUGCAGCGAACAACGUCACUUUCAACCUGUGGGGCCUGAAUGAGAACAGCACGGACAUUUACUUCUUCCGCAGAGAGGUGAUGUAUCCCCCUCCGUACACCUCUGAAGAUGAAGGGACGGUCAUUCAAAAAGAAUAUCCUGUAUGCAAAACAGCAGAGAGAGAAGAGAUUCCGAAGACUUUUCCGCUGAGCCUGUGGGUGGCGCUGGGAGUCUGCGGACUGUACAUCAUCAUUAUCACUACAGCGUUUCUAUAUAUAUUGAGAAAAGGAAGAAGAAUGAGAAUCCAACAGAGUGAAUAUAUCAAUGUUGUUCCCCGACGGCCAAAGAACCAUAAGCCUUAUGUACCCUAUGCUAUGACUCCUGUCCAUUCCCGUACUCGCUGACUGCUACCUGCGGAGCCCACCCACGCCAUCUGCAUGCAGCGUACAGACUCCCGUCCACUCCCGUACUCACUGACUGCUACCUGCGGAGGCCGCCUACACCAUCUGCAUGCAGCGUACAGACUCCCGUCCACUCCCAUACUGACUGCUACCUGCGGAGCCCACCUACACCAUCUGCAUGCAGCGUACAGACUCCCGUCCACUCCCGUACUCGCUGACUGCUACCUGCGGAGCCCACCUACGCCUUCUGCAUGCAGGGUACAGACUCCCGUCCACUCCCGUACUAGCUGACUGCUACCUGCGGAGCCCACCUACGCCUUCUGCAUGCAGGGUACAGACUCCAGUCCACUCCCGUAUUCACUGACUGCUACCUGCGGAGCCCACCUACGCCAUCUGCAUGCAGGGUACAGACUCCCGUCCACUCCCGUACUGACUGACUGCUACCUGCGGAGCCUACCUACGCCUUCUGCAUGCAGGGUACAGACUCCAGUCCACUCCCGUAUUCACUGACUGCUACCUGCGGAGCCUACCUACGCCAUCUUCAUGCAGGGUACAGACUCCCGUCCACUCCCGUACUCACUGACUGCUACCUGCGGAGCCCACCUACACCGUCUGCAUGCAGGGUACAGACUCCAGUCCACUCCCAUACUCGCUGACUGCUACCUGCGGAGCCCACCUACGCCGUCUGCAUGCAGGGUACAGACUCCCGUCCACUCCCGUACUCACUGACUGCUACCUGCGGAGCCUACCUACGCCUUCUGCAUGCAGGGUACAGACUCCAGUCCACUCCCGUAUUCACUGACUGCUACCUGCGGAGCCCACCUACGCCAUCUGCAUGCAGGGUACAGACUCCCGUCCACUCCCAUACUGACUGCUACCUGCGGAGCCCACCUACACCAUCUGCAUGCAGCGUACAGACUCCCGUCCACUCCAGUACUCACUGACUGCUACCUGCGGAGCCCACCUACACCAUCUGCAUGCAGCGUACAGACUCCCGUCCACUCCAGUACUCGCUGACUGCUACCUGCGGAGCCCACCUACACCAUCUGCAUGCAGCGUACAGACUCCCGUCCACUCCCGUACUCACUGACUGCUACCUGCGGAGCCCACCUACGCCAUCUACAUGCAGCGUACAGACUCCCGUCCACUCCCGUACUAGCUGACUGCUACCUGCGGAGCCCACCUACGCCUUCUGCAUGCAGGGUACAGACUCCAGUCCACUCCCAUACUGACUGCUACCUGCGGAGCCCACCUACACCAUCUGCAUGCAGCGUACAGACUCCAGUCCACUCCCGUAUUCACUGACUGCUACCUGCGGAGCCCACCUACGCCAUCUGCAUGCAGGGUACAGACUCCCGUCCACUCCCAUACUGACUGCUACCUGCGGAGCCCACCUACACCAUCUGCAUGCAGCGUACAGACUCCCGUCCACUCCCGUACUCGCUGACUGCUACCUGCGGAGCCUACCUACGCCAUCUUCAUGCAGGGUACAGACUCCCGUCCACUCCCGUACUCACUGACUGCUACCUGCGGAGCCUACCUACGCCUUCUGCAUGCAGGGUACAGACUCCAGUCCACUCCUGUAUUCACUGACUGCUACCUGCGGAGCCUACCUACGCCAUCUUCAUGCAGGGUACAGACUCCCGUCCACUCCCGUACUCACUGACUGCUGCCUGCGGAGCCCACCUACGCCGUCUGCAUGCAGGGUACAGACUCCCGUCCACUCCCGUACUAGCUGACUGCUACCUGCGGAGCCCACCUACGCCGUCUGCAUGCAGGGUACAGACUCCCGUCCACUCCCGUACUCACUGACUGCUGCCUGCGGAGCCCACCUACGCCAUCUGCAUGCAGGGUACAGACUCCCGUCCACUCCCGUACUCACUGAC